UGGAUAUCAUAAUAUCUGCGAUCUGCCGUCAACCCCUCCGUCGCUGCCCCUCGUCCCCGGCCAUCCUGCCUAUAUUGGGCCUGCAUAUCUGCUUCCAUCUAUUGCACCUGUCUACCGGUCCCUGCAAAUCUCCACCCGUCAUGUCUGCAGACCCAUUGGUCCCCGAGACGAGGGUCCUGGCGGUCGCAAGUCAUGUGGUCUAUGGCUAUGUCGGCAACAAGAUGGCAACGCUUGUGAUGCAGUCCUUGGGCUGCGACGUCUCACCCUUGAACACGGUUCAUUUCAGCAAUCAUGCGGGCUACCGGCAACUUAAGGGGACUAGAGCCACGGCCGAUGAGAUCACUGCUCUAUACGAAGGUCUAUGCCAGAGUCACCUAACGGACUUUGAUGUCAUGUUGUCGGGAUAUACACCCAGCGCCGCCGCCGUCGAGGCUGUCGGAGCCAUCGGGCAAGAUCUUCAGCGCAAGGCCGAGAAGAAUCCCGGCUCCUUCUUCUGGGUUUUGGAUCCGGUCAUGGGGGACCUGGGUCGCCUCUACGUCAACGAUGAUGUGGUCCCGGCCUAUAAGAAAACCAUCAAACAUGCCGAUUUGAUUCUCCCCAAUCAAUUCGAGGCAGAAGUUCUCUCCGGAAUCAAGAUCACCUCUCUCAGCACCCUCGCCGAAGCCAUCACCGUGAUCCACGCGACCUACAACGUCCCCCACGUCAUCAUCACCUCUGUCCAACUGUCCAAACUCCCCGAAUCGUCAUCGGCAGCCGCGGCCCAGUCUCCUAACAACCUGACUGUCAUCGGCUCCACCACGAAAUCCGACGGGUCGCCGCGGCUCUUCCGUGUCGAUGUCCCUGCCCUAGACUGCUUCUUCUCCGGAACCGGAGACAUGUUCGCCGCGUUAACUGUCGCCCGGCUGCGGGAGGCCGUUUUCGCCGCCGGUCCUCAAUUACGAACGACCAAGUCCUGGGUCUCGCCGGACGACGUCAAAGCCGCCGACCUUCCUCUCGCCCAGACCACCGUGAAAGUACUAGCCAGCAUGCACAGCGUGCUGGAGAAGACCAUGGAGGCGCGUAAUGCCGAACUAGUGGCCACCUCCGGCCAAGUCAACGAGCAGCUUGACGCCGAAGAAAGGCAAAAACAGGAGCAUCUGCGACACACCAAAGCCGCCGAGGUCCGACUCGUGCGCAAUGUGCAAUACCUCCGCAACCCGGUUGUGGAGUUCAAGGUGCAGGAGUGGCGGACGGAGGAUCUCCCCGCUCAGCUUCGAUAAACGCUCCCAAUCCUGUCAUCAAUCCUUAUUCAUUUCGGUGAGAUAUAUAUAUAGACUACCAAAGUAGAUGAUAAAACGUGUGAUGAGCCAUAGUCCUUUAUAACGGUCGAAUUUCAUGUCUAAUCAUGCAUAGUUGUG